AGAAGCAGCGAAAUGCUCACCAAGUCUCGAAUAGAUCCAAACACCGGCAUAUUUGCCCCAGCUAGUCAUCACUUUCUCAAAUCCUCUUAUAUCUUCUAAAGCAAGCUGCAGCUACCAUAUACUUCUUUAUACAUUCCCCCUCAAUACCAUGGCUUCGAAUAGGGUCGUUAACUCCAAACUGUUGGGUACUGUGCUCAAAGGUGGCAAGCAGGUCGCACUUGCCGUUGCGACUGAGACAGACCUGUGGACGCGACCAGAGUCAGCGGUUAUGACCAGCGCGCCUGAUUUUCGCAAAGCAGUUGAAAAAAAUACGGAUCCAUUGCCGGCAGGAACGACAAAGGUAAUUAUGCGGGAGGGCGAACAUUCGAGCAAAGGCGACCCAAAAAACCACUACACCGCUGUCUGCGAAAACGCGCGUGGCGAUUACCUGAAAACGAUUCACAUUGAGAAGCAGGACUAGAUAGUUGCUAGAUGCUAGAAUAUGAGUUUAGUCAUUUCUGUUGUUGUGUACCAGUUUGUUUUCUUGUUGCAUAGACGUUACGGGUUGGUUUCGUUUUUAUCUUAUUUCCCUGGGGGUACACUGAUUAUUAUUCGGCACUGGCUACAUGUACGUAGACGAUAAUUCAUUGACCGCUUUGUUGGUUUGGGCUUUGUGUCUCUUGUCAUGCG